AUGAACGUCAUCGGCAUGAAUCCCUCGAUUAAGAUAAUUCAGCCAAUUCUUCGUCUUGGAGCCCGGCAGGAGGAGAAGCAGACGUCAGCGUUCCCCACCGUAUUCACGCCUACCAUUACCGACAUCUCCAUCUACCGAAUCGAUAUGGGAAAGCCAGCCGAAGAGCGCUACGUCCAGCUCGCCAAGGAAUUUGCACCCCAGAUAAGAAGUGUCAGCCCUCUCUUUGACGAGGUGGUCGAGUCGCUGUUCAGCAAGAAGCUUGCCGGUGUCAUCAAGUUCACGUCUCGAUAUGCGCUGCGCAAAGUCUUUGACCAAGAGCAGAGCAAGGAAAUCAAGUCAAUUGCCAGCGCCGCCAAGAUAAGAACCCACUUGGUCACGUCUCAUUCUGGACUUGUUGCUGGGUUGCACUUCCGGAACAGCCUUGGUGCGACCCAAGGCAAAGGAUGA